GAAGCAGUAUUUAACACCCUGACUGGUUUGACAUUGGUCACAGAAGCACAUCAGCUGUACCAGCGAGAGGAAUACUGACCUAAUUAACUGUACAGGGGACAACAACAACGGCGACAGGACACACCGCAGCGACCAGGCGAAGGAACCUGUGCCAUUCUCAAAAACUGUGAGUCCUUCAGCCUUUUUUUCUGCCCUGAUCUGAUGUCGUGACAGUUUCCAUUAAAACGCACGGUGCUCCUGCACGGUGUGUAGUGAAAGCGAGUGCCAGCAGCUGUUAGCCUCAAGGUGCCUUAAACUGGGGUGAUCCUGGAUUAUACAGCCAGCAGAAGCUGUGCGUGGGACUUGGUGUCAUUACAGAGAACGCUCCACCAACCUGUCUGCCUGGAAGCCAAUAAAGAGCUGACAAGUGGGCUAUUGACUGCAGCAAACUGUGAGAAAGAGGAAGAGGAGGAAGAAAACAGCCAAAGAGAGAGAUUCAGAGAGGGAGGUUGUUCUUUUUUUGGGAUAUAAGAGGGUUUUUUCGGUGACAGAGUUCAUUGUUUUGCAGAAGCAUCUCGAGGGAAAAGUAGCCAUUGAAAAGUCCAUAAUGGCCGAGCUGUCAUCAGCCCAGGUGACAGAGUGCACCUGAGAGUUAUUGCUGCUGCUGCUGCAUCCACUCCAAGUCGCCACAGGACUGUGGGAAUUCACUGUGAAGGAAGGAGCAGAGUCUACACUGCUGUGAUUUCAUCAAAGAGGAAGAAACUGAUCUGAGAUCCUCAAGCUGUUUGUCUGGAUUACUCUACCAGGGAGCGUUUUUUUUUCUGUUUUUUUGGGUUCACCUGGGAUAGAAAAAACAAGCGCACAGAGGACAAAUGACUGUUUGUGGAUUUGGUUCUCACUAAGCUGCUGAUUACAGCACAGGUGGAGGCUGCUGGGGCUCAAGCACCCAUGUGGAGGAAGAUCCCUCAGUUCACUGUUUGAGCAGCUGAGCCUGUGAAGGCCCCAGAGGCGGCCAUGUUGGAUCUCUUUCCUAGAGAGCCGGUGUUGACCUGUCUUCACCCGUCACCUCCCAGCACUCUGCUGCCAACCUAACUCCUCGCUCCCUCUCUCUUCCCACUUCUCUUUCUUCCACCGCCUGGCCGGGGAGAAAGGUCCUUGGUCCCUGUGUAAAAUGUCCUAUGCACACCACAAGCUGCUUACCUGGAGCUUACCUCAAGUCCUCCUCCUACCGCUGACCUACCUCUUCCUCCUGGCCCCUCCCACAGGUGUGUCGGCAAACCUCUGCCGCGUGACCGGCGGGUUGCUGGGGAUCCACUGGAGCAGCGUCCUCACCCUAGGCUGGUACCCCCUGGCGAUGGGGAAAGGAGGGGCGACGUGUUGGGAGACCUGCUGCUUGCAACCGAACUGUAACGCAGUGUGGAGCCUCGGCGGGCGAUGUGUGCUCCUCAGCUGCACGCUGGACAGCGGGUGCCCCAUCUCCUCCCUGCCCCAGCCCCACCACGAGUCCCUCGGGCUCCUUCAGCUGCUCGCGAAGGGUCCUGUCAUAACAAGACUCAGAAGAGCUCUCCGGGCACAGAAUGUAGGAAGCCAAGGACUGCACAAGGAACAGCCUCCCCACACGGAUAAUCCCAAACCCAAAACCGCUCACCCGUCUCCAACAGCACCCACCACCCUCACACUUCACCAAACAGGCCAAAAGAACCACAGCCGAUCAGCCAACGGGAGCACGGACAGCGCCUCGGCUUCAUCACAGCAGGACUCCACGGUGGACGACACCGCUGACCAUGCUGCGUCUUCCAAUAGCAGUGAUGUCAGCGCCCCCACGAUGGCUGCAGCCGCCAUCACGACAACUCCGACUCAAGCUGUGAGGGAGCUGGUGGUGUCUGCAGGAGAGAGUGUGGAGGUCACGCUGCCUCGCAACACAGUGGAACUCAACGCCUUUGUCGUCCCUCCGCCUCCUCAAGGGACAAACUAUGCAUUUGACUGGCGUCUGAAAACUCAUCCCAAAGAUUACAGUGGGGAGAUGGAAGGGAAGCACAGCACUACACUUAAACUAAGCCAGCUGACUUUGGGUCUGUAUGAGUUUGAGGUGACGGUGGAUGGGGAUGGGGCCCACGGUGAGGGUUACGUCAACGUCACGGUCAAACCAGAGCCGCGGGUAAACAAGCCUCCUGUUGCUGUGGUUUCCCCGAAGUUCCAGGAGAUCUCUCUGCCAACCAGCUCGACGGUCAUAGACGGCAGCCAGAGCACGGAUGAUGAUAAGGUGGUGGCGUGGCACUGGGAGGAGGUGAAAGGUCCCCUGAGGGAGGAGAAGGUCUCUGCCGACACACCCGUCCUCACUCUCACCAGCCUGGUGCCUGGGAACUACACCUUCAGUUUGACAGUGACAGACUCAGAUGGAGCCAAAAACUCGACACAGGCCACCCUCUCAGUCAACAAAGCCAAGGACUACCGGCCUGUAGCCAACGCCGGCGCUAACCAGGUCAUUCAGCUGCCACGCAACUCCAUCUCUCUGUAUGGCAACCAAAGCACAGACGACCAUGAUCCCCUGUCGUACGAGUGGUCCCUGAGCCCUGAGAGCAAAGACAAGGUGGUGGAGAUGCAGGGCGUCAGGACACCGAUCUUGCAGCUGUCAGCUAUGCAGGAGGGAGACUACACCUUCCAGCUGACAGUGACAGACUCGUCUGGACAGCAGGACACCGCCCAGGUCACUGUUAUUGUGCAACCAGAAAACAAUAAGCCUCCUACAGCAGACGCAGGGCCAGAGAAGGAGCUGACUUUACCUGUUGACCGGACCACGCUGGACGGCAGCAAGAGCAGUGACGACCAGAAGAUAGCCACCUACCACUGGAAACAAACCAAGGGUCCAGACGGUGUGAAGAUUGAGAAUGCAGACGGCGCUGUUGCCACAGUGACAGGUCUGGAGGUCGGCAUGUACGAGUUCACCCUGACCGUAAUGGACGACAGGAAGCUGCAGAGUAGCGACACUGUCAAGGUCAUCGUCAGAGAAGAACUAGAUCAGCCUCCUGUUGCUCAUGUUGUGUCGAGUGCAGCCAUCGCUCUGCCCGUCAGGACUGCUUCUCUGGAUGGAUCUCACUCCAUUGAUGACAAAGGUGGAGUCAGCUUCCUGUGGACCAGGGAUGACAACAGUCCUGCAGCUGGGGAUGUGCUGAACAACUCUGACCACCAGGCGGUACUGUUUCUGGGUAACCUGGUGGAGGGGAAGUACGGCUUCACCCUGACUGUAACUGACAGUAAAGGACAGACCAGCACUGACACAGGCACAGUGGAGGUCAAACCAGACGUAUGGGAGCAUGACCUGGUGGAGCUGCUGCUGGAAGUCGCUGUAUCCCAGGUCUCCCAUCGUCAGCGGGACAUGCUGCUGCGGCAGGUCGGGGUCCUACUGGGCGUGCUGGACAGCGACAUCAUCGUGCGAGAGAUCAGUUCGUUUAACGAGCACAGUACUCGUUUGGUCUUCCUAGUGUCAGGUGGUCCAGGGCGCCCCCCUCUGUCCGGACGCAGUGUUGCACUUGGCCUACGAAACAAACUGCGAAAACAGAAGAAUGACUUUCUCAUCUUUAAAGCCCGACGGGUGGACACAGUCAUCUGCCAGUUAAACUGCUCGAGUCACGGCGAGUGUGACUCGUUCACGCGGCGCUGCGUCUGCCACCCGUUCUGGAUGGAGAACUUCAUCAGAGCUCAGCUCGGAGACGCUGAGAGCAACUGUGAGUGGAGUGUGCUCUAUGUGACGAUAGCAUCCUUUAUGAUUGUGGUCGCUAUUGCAACAGUUGUCUGGGGGAUGGUGUGCUGCUGCAACAGGCGCAAAAGCAAAGUGCGAAGAAGUAAAAGCAGAUACAAAAUGCUAGAAGCUGACGAGCAAGACAGUCUGGAGCUACAACAUCCUCGAGCUGUCCGCUUAAAGCCGGUGCCCGCUCCCACCUCCUCCGCCCUCAUGCACUCAGACUCCGACCUGGACAGCGAUGACGGGCAGGGCGGGGUCCCCUGGACGGAGCAGGAGCGCGGGCAUCUCCUGAGGCCCCAGAACGGCUCCCUGAGAAACGGCCAGGGCCCCGUGAGGGGCAAGAAGCAGAGAGAAGAGCUGCUAUAGCAAGGGAGGAGGAGGGAGCUCGCUGCUGCCCUCACACACUCUCAAACACACACACACCUCCUCCUCCUCACUGCUCCUCACUCUUGCUGAUUAUUUUUUUGUUUUGUCCCUCAGCACUCAAAACCUCACACUUCUCUUUCACAAAGACUGUGUGCUUAGAUUCAGGAGGAGGAGAAGGAGAGGAAAGUGCUGGAGACAUGCUGUCCCUCUGUCACAGAGAAACACACCACUGUACUGACACUUCCCUGCUCCCACACUGAGCCAACACAGAGGUUUAAAAAGAAACAUGAUUGUGCAGAAAACCAAGGGGUGAGCUCUGAAUUUUGGAUGGAAAAAAUAUAUUCAUCACCCCUUUUUAUUUAACACAGAGACACGAAGAAUGUACUGUCUCCCCUCUCAGCUUCAGUGACACGAAAAAACCAGCCACUCGACACGCUCACACCUUGCCUCUCUGCGGGCUCGCAUGAACGCACACAAAGACGUCGUUUUCACUGUUUCAGGUCAAACGUGAUGCUACCAAACACUGCCAUGUCCAAACAUACGGUUUAGCUCUGCAGCAAAUCUACUACACAUGGUGACUUGAACCAAAACAGAGCUGGAAACAACAUCGGACCCUGCUCCGAAAACAAAAAAAAACAAGUGCAUGCGGAGUGACAGAUUGCAGCUUUGAUGCAAUUUGAUCCAGGAAUGACCGCCUGCAUGUUUGUAUGAUGAGUGUAUGUGUGGAGUUUUUCUGGCUGCUGAGCCAAAAGAUGCUUCUUCAGAGCAGUUUGUAUGUUUUUAUGUCUGUUAUAAACCCAUGGAAGAGUCGCAGGCAGGAUGUUUAACAUGUUUUUGUUCUGGAGGCUCUGCUGUGGAGGAAGUCUCUGGAUUCACACACUGGAAUCAACAACGUUAACGAGUUCAGUCUCAGUGGAGGUGAUUAUGAGAAGGAGUCCACUUCACAACGAAUGAGACAGACCGGACUCUGUCUGCUCACCUGGAUGUUCAUUAAUUGCUUGAAACAUGAAGACCACUGUAUGUUCUUUUCUGUUUUGUUUUCACAAACAACCUUUAUGCUGUGAUUAGAUGCACUUUGAGUUAAUGUCCGUCAGCUUCAGGCUCAGUUUGUCUCUUGUUUGUUGAAAAGGGAGAUCUGUGAUGACAAAGUUCAAAGGUUAAGCCAUAAAGACAGGACGUCUUUGCUGCAUUCUAAAUGUAUCAAAUACUUGAUUUUCUUGGCCAAAAGUUAUCUGAUCGGAUUAAAGCUAUCAGACUGGGUAAAACCUUGAAAUGUGGCUAUUUAAAGGAAGAAAGAAUUAUGAAAUCUGAUUACGUCAGGUAAUCCAAUUUUAGUUUUUAUUAGUAUUAAACCUCAAGUUUGUGUUGUUCAAAACAUAAACUCUUGCUCUGGAUUCAGACUGGAAUUACAACAAAAUUUAGGAUUUCUUUUUGUUUUGUUAUAUUUUUUAGGUUUUUAUAUCUUUUAUUUGGAGAGGAUAGGACCGCAAACAGAGCAAGAAACCAGGACAGAGAGUUGGAGAAUGACAUGCGGAAAAGGGGCGCAAAACUUAAUUACUAGGCUAAAUCCACGCCCAGGAAAACGUUUGAUUUCGGCAAACAUAUUUUAUUUUUCUUCAGAUUUUGCUCUUGAAUUACGAUAAUGACAUAAUAGAAGUGGUAGACUUCAGGGUUGCAAAAAAAUGAAGGAUUUUGACCUAUAAAUUAAAUUUCAAUAUCUAACAUAUGCUCCUGUGGGGAUCUUUCCGUUUGUGUCAAAUUUGGCGCCCCCUGUGGACAAAGUAUGCAAUAUUCAGUCCUCCAGAUGUAGUCGUCUUUAAAAGUCUGUACCUGGAUGAGGCUGAUCUGAUCUGGUCCAGUUUUCGUUGAAAAGUGAGACAACAUAAUCUGGAUCAACUGAUCCUGGAUAUAAAAAAAGUAGUUUUCCAAAUCCUAAUCAUUCCCAUCAUCCAGAUUUAACCUUUAACCCCUGAAAAACUUGGCCUUUGAUUUUAACAGUGACAAUAAAUUGCAUAUUUAAGUGUAAGAUGUUGCUGCUUAAGUCCAGGGCAAACCUGCAGGCUUGGAUAUGAAGCAUAUUUCAGGCAAAGUGCUCCUACUGGCUGGUACAAGUGAUAGAUUAACACAAGCUUUAAAUCCGGCGUCAUGAAGGUAACAUUUCAGAUUAAACUGUGUCCUGUGUUAGAUUGGCCUCAGUGUGUUUUGAGCCUUUUUUCCCAUAAUUAGGAUUAAAUAAGAAAAUUAAUCUGAGGGAUGUUUGCCGUCAAGAAAUGAUGCUACAUCACCACAGACCAGACAGAACAAGCUACAUCUAUCUUAUUUAUCUGAAUCAGCAGCAGCAGUGACAAAUGUUCCCUGACUAGUCUGCACUGAGGGAAAACUUUAACCCAUACGUCUUUUCCCUGCAACAUUUCAGUGUGAUUGCUCUUUCUGUGAAACUGGCCUGUGAGUCACUUUUUCUUUGGUUGUUGAAUGUUAAAGCGAGUGUGCCGUUGACACAGCUCGGCUUGUACCUUGUGUGAAAUAAGCAAUCAUUUGAAACAUUUGUGCAAAAAGAGGGGGGGAAAAAAACUCACUUUCUGACUGUUAAGUCAUCUCAUGCUGAUGUCAGUCAAAGCAACCAGUGCACAUCCAGCAAAGGCAGAGAUUCCUACACUAUAGAUAUAUAUAUAUUCAUUUAUAUUAACUGAAAUUAUCUGGCCAUCUUUUUUUUUUUCUUGCAAACUAAAAUCAAGUGUUCCCAAGUGCCAACUCUGUGAAAUGUCACCCUCUGAACGCUUCCUAAUAAUCCCAGAUUCUUCCCACGUAUUUGCACAUCAUAAAAAAGACUUUUUGAAGAAAACAAACAAGGUAAUUGGAUGUUGAUUACUCCAAUGUCUUGGUUUCUGUUAAUUCUCACAGUAAGAAAUAACAUUUAAGUAUAAAUCCUAGUUGACUCCACAGUACUCAGCCUUUCUUCUGCUACAUGUGCAAUGUUUCCACUCACUUUGUUUGGGAUUUUAAGAUGUGAAUAGACCCUGACUCUGAUGAGUCCACUGUGAAGGCAGACAGAGAAAAUAAUGAGACGCGUUGAAAUGAAGGGAGUUUAAUUUGAAAUGUUUUAGACAAGAGCUGUUAGUGAAGGAUUAGCCCCUUCCCUUUCUUUCUGUGUGAGCACUCCUGAUGCAACUGGAUAAUCUGUAUAUUCAAAUAAAAUGUUUCAGUUUGUUCUUGAGA